UUAUGGAUGCUUACUCGUCAUCUUCAGAAUAGAAAAUUACCAUGUCAGCCUCAAAUUAUUCCUAUUACAAAUCCUAUUCCAAUUCCACAAAUCGAACCAGAUUCAAGUAAUCCUUUGGAUCAAGUCUCUGACCCAUCUAUUCAAUCUAAUACAGAUGAAUAUUUAUCUCGAGAAGAAUUUAAGUAUCUCAAAACAUUAGGUCUAAUAGAAAAUGAUGCUAUAUUAGAUACUGGUAUUCACUUUAUUCAAAUUAGAGUUAGGGAUCCAAAAAGACCCUAUGAUAAUUUUAAUUUAUUAA